AAGAGUGCCGUUUCGCUGUAUCAGACGCUGGUGCUCCGGAUUCGGGUAGGGUGUAGGAAGGGGCGUCGCCGAUGCAGGAGGCUGCGGGCGAAGGGGGAGUAGCGUUGGCGAGGUGGCUACGGCGGCUAGGCGAUGAAGUGCAAGAGUCACCCGAACGAGUACGGAGUUGGCGUCUGCGCCUCCUGCCUCCGGGAGCGACUCCUCGCCCUCAUCGUCGCCCAGAACGAGCUCUCCGCUAACCGCUACCACGUACGCCGGAGGCCUGACCUUUCCCCGCUGCGGCAUCCCCACGAAUUCCACCGACCCGUCUCCCCUUACAUCUCCCACCGCCGAUCGGUCGGAUCCGAUUCCUCGCCAGGCCACCUCCGCCUCCUCCACCACUACCAGCGGUUCUUCAGCACCCCCCAGAUCGGCCCCACGUUCGCCGCCGCCUCACGUGGCGAAAGGCUCGAGGAGAUCGAUGGCGGCCGCAGGCACAGGUUCUCCAUUUUUAGGACCCUAUUUGGGCACAGUAGAUCGGACGCGGCGGAGCCCGGAUUGAGAGCUCCCAAGGAAUCAGCAUCAGGCUCUUGGUUCUCGGCACUGAUCCGCGGCCGUCGGAAGAAGAAGAAGACGACGCAGCUCUCCUCGGGCGCGGAGGAGGAGGAGGAGGCGCCGCCGUGGAGGGUGCGGAGGUCGUGCCGGCCGGUGGGGAGGGGAAUGUCGCCUGCGAUGGAGGACGAGGACGAGGACCACGGCAGCGGGUACUUCAGUGACGACUGGCGUCGGCCGACUCCGAUGCCGAUCCGGCGGUUCCCGGCGACCCAUCGCGACCACCGCAGCGUCAGCUCGGUCUCAGGUUUCUCUGUGUGUCUGAGCCCGCUGGUCAGCUUCGGGCCCGAAUCACGGCGAAGCCAUCCUGCAGAGGCGGUGUUUUCCGGCGACCUCCGUAGCCCGGCGAAUUCCAUCCACCACAGGAACCCAGCCGUCCUGGCGCCGAACCGGUCAAGGAAGCUGGCCGAUUUGGGUAGGCUCAAAUGACGCUUUUGCCCUCCGCAAUCGUCUCGUAUUUCUUUGCUUACAUAAUUAGGCACAGUUGUAAAAAAGAAAUGGAUUAAAAAGAAUCGUGUGGAGGUAUUAAAUUUACGUUUCGGAUCGGAUUGUAACGUUCAAAUUUAGAGGGCAAUGUCACGGUUGUCCCGUUGUAUCCUUUACCAUGGCUUAUUAUCUGCACGAUUUACAAAGCAUAUAUCUUAGGUUUCCGUGUUCUUCUUUA